AUGUCCUCCUGGUUCUCAGAUGAAGCGCUGCGGCUUGUAGAGACUUCCUCUUCUCUGGGUGCGUCGAUCCCUCUCGCCUCGACGCAGGAUCAAGCAGACGCAGCCGAGCAGAGAUACCUGGCAACUAUCCAGCGACUGGAGCGCGAAGUAACGGACAAGAAUGCGCAGCUGGAAAGCUACGCGGGUCGCCAGCUGUUGAUCGUGAGUGAGAGCAAGACGCUGCUGCAGGGGCGUGAUUAG